AUGAAUUACGAGGAAUUGCCCUGUAGUGUUUAUUUGCCGAAUUUGAAGAAACCAGAGGAAGAAAGAAAUAAUCAAAUUGUGAAAAAAGUAUCGAUAGCUUCGCAACCAAAAGAAACAGUUCAAGGAAAGAAAUCGUGUUUGUCAACAAACACUUCAACCAAUAAAGAUCCUCCUCCAAAUCAUCCAGCUUUGAAAAAGAAAACGGUUGCUUUUGGAAAAACAGUCAACGUUUCACAAACUAUUGAGGUCAGUUUAUUUCAUUGUUUUAUAAGAUUUUCAUAAUAAAAGUUUAGGGAACAUCAAGAGCUGCUAGAAAGUCAUCUGAAAAUACAAAGAAAAUGUCGAAUACUGCGAAUCCAGAAACUGAUUGGAAAUCAGAAAUGCAAAAAGAAAUUGAAGAAAUGAAAAAAGAAUUAUUGGAAAUAACUGAAAAGAAACAAGAAGCAAAUAUCAGCGAAAUAAAAAAUAUGAUGGUUAAUUUAUUUCAAGAAUAUUCAGCAAAACCAAAAUCAAUUGAAGCUGAACCGAAAAAAACAACAAAAAUGACAUCAGCCAGAUAUGUUUUUAAGAAAGAUGGAGUUCUAAAUUCAGAAGCUAUUGAAAUCUUGGAAAAACGAACAAGAAAUGAUCCGAUAUUUCGACAACAAAUUGAUGAUGUUCUAGCUGAUGUAAGUGACUUUAUGAAAUAUUCACUCGGAAAACUGUAUAAAAAUAUUUUUAGGCUGAAUACGAAACCAAAAAAUACGAAGAAGAUUUUAGAAGUCGAUCUCCUUAUCAAGCAAAACCAAUCGAUUCAGCAGCAUUAAUGAGAGAAACAUAUACAGUCGAAAGAAGUAUUCGAUUUGAUGGAAAUUCGAUUGAUUCGAGAAAUUGGCAAACUUCAAAUCCAAGAAAUUGUGGAAAUAAUUCUGAUCGAUGGUAUGAACCAGAAGUAUUACAUUCAACAUAUCAACCAGGAAACAGUAUUAGUUAUUAUCCUUCUGAAAAUCAUCCAGCUCUAAAAAAUCCGAAUAAUGAGUUAGUUCAAUUCUUAAAUUCUUAUUUUUAUUCAAGGAUUUUCAGUUACUUCAUAGAACAUGCUGAAUCAUCGGAGAAUGAUGAAAAUUCGAAAUUCAAUGAAACUCGUGCGGAAAAAGAGCGUCGAAUUCGCGAAAAAUAUUCGAGACGAAAAUAA